UGUCCUAAUAUAGUUAUUCCGCAGUCUGGUGUGCGCUGAGGUGACGUUCAGGCGGCGCAGUGUGAAGUUUGGACCGUGCGUAAUUGAGAGAUUAUUUCCAACCUGUGUCAGGAUGCGCGUGUGUCCUCUGCUCGUCUUCCUCUGCCUGCUGUUCGCGGGACGCGCUCAGAAGUUCUCCGCUCUCACGUUCCUGCGGGUCGAUCAGGAUAAGGAGUGUAACAUGGAAUGCAGCGGGGCUCCUCGAAAACCCCUCUGCGCUUCUGACGGGAGGACCUUCACGUCUCGCUGCGAGUUCCUCCGAGCCAAGUGUCGCGACCCCCAGCUGGAGGUCAUCCGAGGGCCAUGCAAAGAUACGUCCAGAUGUGUAGCAGAGAAGAAGUACACAGAGCAGCAGGCCAAGAAGCUCUUUCCUCAGGUCUUCGUGCCGGUAUGCAACCCUGACGGCACUUACAGCGAGGUUCAGUGCCACAGCUACACUGGAUACUGUUGGUGUGUCACUCCCAAUGGACGACCGAUCAGCGGCUCAGCGGUGGCCAAUAAAAAACCUCGGUGUCAAGGAUCAAAGCAAGAGAGGGCUACAACAAGAGAGCCAGGAAAAGCAGAUGAGUCGGCGGGCCUCGUGGUGGAACCACAGCCUCCUGCAGAUGAAGAAGACAUCAUUUCCCAGUACCCGACUCUGUGGACGGAGCAGGUUCGAAGCCGGCAGAACAACAGAACCAGAUCACCAUCCUCAUCAUGUGACCAGGAACAGCAAUCUGCCCAGGAAGAGGCGAGGCAGCACAAGAAUGAUGCUGUAUUUGUGCCUGACUGCGCACAGGGAGGAUUGUAUAAGCCGGUGCAGUGUCACCCCUCCACAGGUUACUGCUGGUGUGUGCUCGUGGACACGGGUCGACCCAUACCUGGGACCUCCACCAGAUAUGAACAGCCAAAGUGUGACAGCAAUGCCCGAGCCCAUCCCACAAAACCAAAGGACCAUUACAGGAGCAGACAUCUCCAAGGCUGUCCCGGGGCAAAGAAAACAGAGUUCCUGACAAGUGUUCUUGAUGCCUUGUCGACAGACAUGGUGCAUGCCGUCACAGAUCCUGCAUCCAAUGGAAGGAUGGCUGAACCUGACCCCAGCCACACCUUGGAAGAGAGAGUAGUCCACUGGUAUUUCAGUCAGCUGGACAAAAAUUCCAGUGGCGACAUUGGAAAGAAGGAGAUAAAGCCUUUCAAACGCUUCCUGCGCAAGAAGUCCAAGCCAAAGAAGUGUGUUAAGAAGUUUGUGGAGUACUGUGACAUCAGCAACGACAAAGCUCUGUCCCUGCAGGAGCUGAUGGGAUGCCUGGGAGUAAGCAAGGAAGAAGGAGCCAGAACAGGAGAAGCCUUACCUCCCAGUAAACUAAAUCCCUCGAAGAAGCAAGGCUAAGCUAAACCCAGAGGACUGACCUUCUGCAUGGCCAUCCUGCCAUCACCAAUCGGCAGUAAUGGAAACCAGAAUAUUUGCACUUUGUACUUUAAAAAAA